AUUGUUUUGACGAGGAUUUCAUUCAACGAAUCUACUGGGUAAAUCCGAACGAGACCUGUAUGUAAUUAGUGAUUGUUCGUAUGCAAUUAUCAUGCUGAAUAAUUGCAUAAUACAAGAAAUUAAUGAUGUUCAUCAAAUUUACUGUAAUACUAUUUAUUUUUUACUUACUUGCCAACGUUUCAGGAUCGAUUUGGUUCAGCAAUGAUGAUGUUGACGAUGUUGUUAGUAUAAAUGGACUAGAUGUUAAUCUAACAUGGAAAAUCAUGGAAACAAACUACAGAGAUUCAAUUACUAUAACAAAAGAUGGGUAUAACGUCAAUUCUGCGUUGAUCAAGACUAUGGACCCUAACCAUACAAUAAUAACUCUACAUUUAACUCAUGUUCAGAUGGACGACAGUGGUACUUAUAGAUGUACUCUAGGAUUGUGGAACACACGUUACAAAGAUGUUAAUCUCACUAUUAUUACUGAUCUGAAUCUAGAGUGGGAUAUUACACCCAUAAAAGACCGUUUAGCCAAGGAUGUAACCUUGACAUGGAGAUACAAACAGAUAACAAACAAAAAGACAUUAUCUAUUUACAGGAAACAGACUAACAAUGAGGAGAAGAUACUAUCAAUAUUUCCGGAUGGUUCUGGGCAGAUCAAACGGGGAUUGCAGGAUGUCAACAUUACAGUGAGUAGUGAUGAUAUAACAGAGACGGUAGCCUUUACCAUAUACAACACAACAUCUGUAGAUUUCAGCUACUCUUACAGCUUAAAAAUAGAAUUCAGGGAAACACUAUACAAGCAAACUGAGUAUAUUGAAAUUAUUGAAGAGCUAAAUGAAAAUGGUGGAUCUUUUCAACGAAUCAAACUGGUUUACGGACUUCUUGUACUGGUCUUGGUCGUCGUUGUGAUUGCUUUUCUUUCAGCAUUUUCAUUUUAUCUGAUGAAAAGACCACAUCGCACAGCUAACACGGGGGUGACCAGUAAUGCAGCUAACGAUGCGAUAAACAAUUCAUAUGAGUCAGUCAAUACUGCGGAUAUUAUAACUGACAACAAUCAACUGAUGGUAUUCGAUUCAUCUUCACCCGACCUUGACCCAUAUCUCAACCCGUACAAUGAAACAAAUAGAACUGAAACAGAAAGCGAUAAACACGAUUAUAUGCAACUGAAAAUAUGCACAUUUAUUUGUGAGGGUGACAUAAUAAAUGGGGAUGUUGAGGAACAAAAUGAGGACAGUGAUACUCCAUCUUCGCAUGACUCUGAAUCAUAUUUCCACAUGUACGAUCAACCAAAUAGAACUAAAACUGAGUGCGAUAAACACGAUUAUACACAACUGAAACGAUGCACCAUAUUUUGUGAUGUUAACAACGACGAUGUUCAGGAAAUAAAUAAUGACAGCGAUGGUAGAUCAGGAAACGGCAUCGAUUCAUUCAAUUUGUCUACUCAUGUUGGUGCUAUCGAUUCCCGAAUUCAAAAUGAAAUAAACUCCACAUAAAUAACUCCAGUAUUUGAAAGAUAUUGAUUUUGGGUAGUUUGCAGAAACCAAAGAACAAAAUUGUGUGCAUGGCAUGGUUGGCUUCCAAAAUAAAAUAAAACCAAGUACGAACAAUCCAAACCAUUAAACAAUAGUUUAUCCAGCAUAUGAACGGUUCACUGUUUUCAAAAUUAUACAACAAAACUGUGUUUAUAGAGUGUAGAUUAUACUGAGAAAGAAGAAAAGUCAUAGGUUUGCCUAAAUAUUUACCAAUUUAAAUUAAAACAAUUGUGAUUUCAUAAUCUUUAAAGUUUCCUUAUAACUGAACUGUGUUCAUAAAUAUCGCAUAAUUUAGUGUGUGUGAAUAUGGACGCAAAACGGAUCAUUAUCACCAAAACCAGCAAUGAACUCUGGCGCUUUGCUAAGACCCCAUAUUGUGUGCUAACUAUACCCCUAAUGUUUUUGUUAAAUCUGUUGUUUUAUUAUUUGUAAUAAUUAUUAGUAAGAACUGUUCGGUCAAUGCUUGCGCCAUGGGUGGCCGGAGAUUUUGUUAAAUUUACAAGAGCAUUUAGUAUUAUUACUAGUGUUCUCAGCGUUUACUCUGUAGUUAUUAAUUUGUUUUUGUUAUUUUACUAAUUAUUAGUAAGAACUGUUCGGUCAAUGCUUGCGCCAUGGGUGGCCGGAGAUUUUGUUAAAUUUACAAGAGCAUUUAGUAUUAUUACUAGUGUUCUCAGCGUUUACUCUGUAGUUAUUAAUUUGUUUUUGUUAUUUUAGUGAUGUUCGCAGGUUUGUUAGCGACACCUUUCUUGUUAUCGUUACAUUCGUUUUUUAUUAUUUGAGUAUUAUUUUACUAUAUGUACGACACCGUACCAGUAAUUAUUUCUCAAUUUAGGAGAUUAAUUAGCGUUGGAUAAUUUUAGAUGAAAAUGACGGAGAUACCGAAAAUGUAGAACCUUCAGUUUGAGUUUGGUCGUCAAUAUUAUUUCAUCGAUAAUAGGUAUUUCGUAUGAUGCUAUAUAUCAUGAACAGUGUUUGUAGAAAUUAAAUCAUUAAGAUCCAAGGAGAUCACGGCGGAUACAAUAGGAACAUUUGUAAACCUAAUAUUUCCCCCAAAGGGUAAAUGUAUGCUUAUUGUAUAUGCUUCA